CAGAUCACAUGCUUGUUUUGGUUUGAGUCGUUUGAUGUCCUGGAAGCCGUCGAAACCUCCCCAGAUGGCUACGUUCUUCAGCGGCCGCUCUCAUCCGAUGCCAGGCCUACACUAGAAUUCCGCAAAUGGGUGUCUCACGUCCUAUCGACCACUCGCGUCGCUGACAAUGUGAUCUUACUUGCCCUGCUCUUCAUCUUUCGUUUGAAGAAACACAAUCCAAAAGUUCGAGGGAAGUCUGGAAGUGAGUAUCGAUUACUGACAGUAGCUCUGAUGCUUGGCAACAAGUUUCUGGACGACAACACUUACACCAACAAAACUUGGGCUGAGGUGACCUGCAUCAGAGUCGAGGAGGUCCAUAUCAUGGAGGUCGAAUUUCUCAGCAAUAUGCAGUACUGUCUGUCCACAUCAGAGUCGCAGUGGAAUCAAUGGCGAUCUCUACUGUCCAAAUUCAACGUUUUCUACAAUAGAGCAAGCAGGCCGCCGCCUGUGUAUGCACCAGGCCUUGCCGUGAGCUCGACAAUGCUUCUGCCGCGCCCACUACCCUCGCCACCAGUAUCCAACAACGCAUCACCUCCGUCCGCGUCAUUGACGACGCUUCACGCGGCAGCAGGGCAUGGGCCACUGUCCAUUUAUGGACCUACACCGGCUCACUCGCCACUGAACACGGCGAACGAUGUCAAUGCAUACCUCGGUCCCAAUCGAUCUCGGAAGCGAAGCAUUGAUGAAGCAGCAUACGAGCCUCCAGCCAAAAGGCUCCCAACUGGAGUGUCCAAAUACACGUCGCCUCAAAGACACCACAACUCGGGUCCACCAUUUGCAUCGGUCCAGCCAGUCCCGCGCCUUGCACUCCCGGUUCCGCCAUCGGCGAAUUGUCCAGCUCCACUCCUGCCUCAUCACAAUCAACAAUAUUUGCCAUCUCUCCAUGCGCCCGUCAGAGCUUUGACAGCUGCCGAGCAAGCCACAAUUAGCCACAACCAAGCUACCAUGCUACCCGUUGCUACUGCGCCGUCUAGCCAGAUUCCGUCGGGAUCGAUUACCCAUGUACAGAACAAGUUCCACACGCCUAUUUCAUAUCCCACCAAUAUCGCAUCGCCGAACCCUUCCAUGGUUCCGGUGAACACGACGACAUACCAAUCAUCGCAGGUCUCACCAUCGUACUUCUUACGGCAGCGAACUUCACCAUACAGGCCAGUGCAUCGUGUGUCAACGCUGCUUCACCCACCUCCUUCAGCUGCUCUACAGGGUCGGCCGAGCAAUAUCGAUCUCAACCGGAUGCAGUAUCAGCCGCUCGGCCAGCCAGUCCAGCACACGGGUCGUCUACCUUACCUCGCCCAGAACCAAUGGCUGGAUGGCACGCAUCCUCAAGACAUGACGCCUGUACAUCGUUGGCCCGGCUUCAACAAUGCUCAACAGAUGCCUGCCAAGAAGCAGUAA